AUGGAGGAGACCCCACUAUCCCCGCGGGACGCUGACGCCCCGUUUGAAUGGGAUGAUCAGGUCGUCAUGGCAUGCAUAGAACGCGACGGGUACUUCUUGGUUAAUAGUAAACCAGCGAAAAGAGAAGCCCUAGAAUGGCAUUUUGCACUUGGAGAUACCGCUGAUCAUCUCUCCCGCUCGAAUUUGAGCGAGGUUCGGACUUGUACCGAUAAUCAAAAAGCGUGGGAGCAACUUAUCGAGGCUGACCUUAAUAUAAACGGCCUGAUUAUCCUGCCCCACUUUCAUUCUCCAGCAGAGGUGAUCCGGCAGGGGCCAAUCAUCCACAACUUGGCAUUCGUUAUUUGGAGACCUAUCACGAGAAGCCUUGGACCAGAGGACGGAUUAUUCAAAGUCUAUCCUGAAUCCCACAACAUAAGGACCGAAGAGGAGCUGCAUCGUAAGAAGAUCGACGCUAUCUCAUUCCCAAUCCGGGCUGAUCAGUUCCUUGUUGCGCACGGUGGGCUUUGGAUACAGCAAGGAGGUACUGGGUCUGGCCUUUUGAUGUGGGCGGGAUUGUCUACAGAGAUCAUCGGUCUCCACGUCGACAAACGCAGUUUGGAUUUCGUGGCGCUGGCAUACGGGGCUGGGAGGUUUCUAGGAGGGAUCGUCCAUUCGGCGUCACACACUCUUGAAAAGACCGAAGCAUUCCUGAAAGGUCUAAGCGAUCCGACUAGCUUGAUUCUGAAUUCUGAAUACGGUAUGCAUCCCAGGAUUGCAUACGCUAAUGUGCGCGUGCAAGAUCGUGAAGGGCACUCGACAGAUCCAGAACUUGAAAGGUACUUCCUUUCGGCACUUACAAUACGGUCUCUUCUUAGGCGUUUGCGAGAGACGCCUGGAGAGACAAAUCCCGGUUUCACACGCAAGGAAGGGCUACCGGAUGAGACUCUCGUGAAACAUGCCAUUCUAACUGGCCGCAAAAUGUAUUUUGUGGAAACCGAGAAGAGCGAGCCAGGCCUUUGGCUCGCGCUUAUGUCCGUGCUACCAAAGCUCCAACAUAUGCCUAUCUGGCAGGUAAAAUUAAUCCCAGACCUGCUAAAUGAGCAACCAAGGAUUCUAGACGCUGGGAAAAGGUGGUCUCGGUACAUGUCACAGUCUAGCCAGUUAUACGAGAUUUGGGUGCGCGAAUUACUACAGGGUAGCAACCCCACCUGA